UUGAGGAUUGACUUGGAUAUCUUUAACUGCAUAGCCUUAUUUUUCAAGUAGAAUAACAAGUAGAGAGUUUAGAUGAAGAUUCUUAUUUUGGACAUCAGUAUUAUUUUGUGUUGGUGGUUUGAGAUGUUCACUGAAGACUGAUGGUACCGAUAAGAGUUUCAUCUCUCCAUCCGGUCAUAUUAAGCUGCAGCUGUUCCUUCACAGCCUGCAGAGUAACGGCGACUCUGAGCUCCAUCACAACCAUGACUUUCUGCAAACUGCUGUCUGUGCUGGUUCUGAUCUACAACACUGAGGUAUCAGUCUCCAUCAUGGGGGGGACGGAUGCUCCUCAAGGCAGCUGGCCGUGGAUGGUUCACCUCAACAUCUCAACAUACGACCGCAGAUCCAGGUGGCGUUGUGGCGGCACCCUCCUCAACAGUGAGUGGGUGCUGACUGCUGCACACUGCUGGAAUGGACUACAACAGCCUGAUUUUCGUCAAUCAAUGGUCUGGAUUGGCACACAUGCGCUGCAAAAGACAUCUGUUCGUUACAUGGCUAUAGAUGCUGUCAUCCUUCACCCUCACUUUCAUUCUCUGAGCAACGGCUUUGCCAAUGACAUCGCCUUGAUCAAGCUGAAGAAAACAGUCAUGUUCUCACAACGUGUUGCCCCGGUUCUGCUGGCCAGCCCUGAUGACGUCUUGGGUUCAUCGUCUGACUGUUGGAUCAUCGGCUGGGGGCAGAUUGGGAAUGGUGUUCGUUUACCGGAUCCAGAAAUCCUUCAGGAGGUGAAAAUUUCCCUCAUGCCUCAGACGAGCUGCGAGGUGGAGCGUUAUCAGACGCUCUCUAGGGUGGUGCUUGCAGGCGACAAGGCUGGAGGGAAGGAUUCCUGUGGAGGGGACAAUGGCGGCCCAUUGAUGUGUCGUACAGCCCGGGGCUUCGUUCAGGUGGGAAUCAGAAGUUAUGGGAGUGGAGGCAGCUGUGGUCUCCCAGACAGCCCUGGUGUCUACACUCGGGUGUCCAAGCAUCUGUGCUUCAUCAACUACUACGUUCAUCAGGGCUAAUCAGCUCAAACUUGUGGCUCCUAAUGCUGGUCAACUCUCUUUAAUUAAGUUCUCUGCAUUUUCGCUUCAAAGCAUCUUUUCUAGUGUUUGUUUUUGUUUGGAAAAUUUCCCUGACAAAAAGCCCUUUGCAUCCAUGAACACGAGCACACAGCUCUACCCCAAACAACAUCUUUGUCCAGAGGUGAGAAGCAGCUACAUCCAUUUACUUUAAGACAAAAUUCAUAUACUUAAAAUAUACUUAAUUGCAACAGCCCAGACUAACUGCACCUUUACUCACAAAAGCAAAAUGUGACUUACAGAUUGAUCCAUCAGUAUUAGUCAAUAAUAUGCAUUAAUCACGGAUUAUAAUAAUGUGUCUGAUUGGAACUUUUACUGUUGAUAUUUUUGACUUCGUGUAGUCUCUGAAUGCUAGCCUAUAUGAACUUUGUCUUUUGUAUUAAAGCUUUUAAGCAUCA